AUGGAGGAGGCAAAGAAUGUGAAGGAUGAGGAUAAGCUGUACUUGCAUGAGGGGAUCCUCUACUCUACAAUCAUGAGUCCCCCAGAAAAUCUUAAAGGCCUGAAGGAGCUGGAGGGCAGGCCAGAUGACAUUUUACUGGUGGCCUACCCAAAAUGUGGUAAGUGCAUCCAUCCCUGCGGUUGUGGUAGUUAGUGUGAACUGGAUUGCAUAGUGGAAAUAUUUGUUGCCAUCAAAUAAAGUGCAGAACACAAUACUGCUGUUGUAUAGUCCUGGCCAUGACAAAAUGUUUACAGGACUUAAUACAAAAUGCUUCUACAUCUAAGAAGCCAACAGUUGGUUGUUGAACAUUAACACAUGUAUCAAGAGCCCACAGGAGCAUGUGCAUUGGAAUAUGUGUCUCCUGAAACCACAUCAUGAGCAUUCUUUGCAGAAUCAAUGUGUCCCAACUGCCACCCAUGAAGAUACAUGAAUUAGUCAGCCUUAAAAACAUAGACUACAUUGGACAUAGGCUCACAUUGUACACACACUUUUGUGGACACCAUCAACUUUAUAGUCUGCCCUAUACUCCUUUUGCCAGCAAAGCCCUAAAUGAGUGUGCUUUUCCAGGGUUCAACUGGAUGGUUGCUGUGCUACGCAAAAUUAUGGCUGCAGCCUCUGGGCAACAAUACGUGUCUCAUAUACCUCCACUGAUGGAGUUUUUCUCUCCGGACGUGCAGAAGGUAUGUAUGCCAUAACAGUUUUCUAUAACAGAACUAGGUCAAUACCUAGUCAAUCAAAAUCGCUCUCUUUAUCAAACUUGUUUUCAAUGAGAAUGACAGAUCUUGAAGUUAAACGUGAUGUCAAAAUUCCUCCUAAUAUACAUACCCAAAAGUAAUUAUUUAUCCUGAGAAAUAUAUAUUUUUAAAUUACACGCUCACAGGAAUGGCUAAUUUUUGGAAUUAUUUUUGUCGCUACCAAUUGAGGUAAAUCAGCCUUUAGUUUUUAAGCGCCACACAGAACAAUUUCAGAAUAACUUACAAUAGGAUCACUAGUGCUUAUCGGGCAUUUCAAGGUAUUUGUAAAUGACCUGUUCACAAAGGAUCAAACAUUUUAUUUUGGUAUUUCUCAUGCUCCUGCCUUUGAUUGUUAUAAUUCUGCCACUGGUUAAGAGCGUUGGUUCAGUAACCAAAAGGUCGCUGGUUCGAAUCUCCAAGCCUACUAGGUGAAUAAUCUGUCGAUGUGCCCUUGAGCAAGGCCCUUAACUCUAAUUGCUCCUGUAAGUUGCUCUGGAUAAGACCGGCUGCUAAAUGACCAUUUCGUUUUAUGUACUUUUUUAUUUUUAUUUUUUACAAAUGAUGUACCUUAUGGUUUUCUGCUGCAUUUUUGUAUGCCAUAUGAUAAGCUGCUAAAUGGAUUCACAUAGCUUAUAUACUGAGAGAGUGACAAUCAAAUAAUAGAGAUUGGAGAUCUUAUAACUAGACAAAAAGGAAAUGUUCAUUUGAGAAUACAACACGGCAACAAAGACACAUUAGAGACAUAAUCCCUUCCCCUCUUUGCAGGAUUGUGAUAUGUGAUUAAUCAACAUUGACACUAGUUCAUUUUGAAUAAUAGUUUAACAAGUGCACAACAUACACUCUGCGAGACACCAUUUUGUAUCUCAACAUUUAUCAAACUCUUCAAAAGUGUCUUAUAGUAUGGCCUGUGCAGCCUUGAUGUGGCUAAGACCCAUGGAGCCCUAUGGACUAUUAUGUUGUAGCAGAAGUUAGAGGAUAGGCUUGUGGAAUUCCAGUGGAAUCAUUCUGUAGGAUUAUAACAAAAAGUUUGGUUCACCACAAGGCUUUUACUAAGGCAGGCCCAAACCUUUGUCCAUUCCCUCUUUUUGUUUUCCAGAUGGUGGGAGAAAUGCCCUCUCCGCGGUUAUUGGGAACACAUUUGCACCCUGACAACAUCCCUGGCACUUUUAUUGCGAAGAAAGCAAAG